AUGUUAGAAAUGAUGGCAGCUAAAGGAUUGAUUACUACGGUAGUCCUCGACUGUUGCCACUCGGGCAGUGUCACGCGUCAUGUUGAUCAGGAAAGUGUAAGGGUCCGAGGAAUCCAGUGGGACAGUGCGGUUGCUGCGGUAGAUGCGCGACCAAUAAAUUUUGCUGGCAACGCUCGGAACGCCAAUGUCAGCAGACAUUGGCUACUAGAUCCUAAAGGAUAUACUCUUCUGGCUGCGUGCGGUCCACAUGAAUUGGCGAGCGAGCACCGAUUCGAGGAUGGCAAGGUGCAUGGUGUUCUCACAUACUGGAUGGUAUACGCGCUUAGUACACUUAUAAAUGGUGGAUCCGAGUUAACUUAUCGAUCCCUGCAUGAGUUUAUCCGCUCCAAGCUGCAUGCCAAAUGGCCACACCAGAACCCUAUGCGUUUUGGAAUGGGGGAGAGUCCCUUUCUUGGAGUCAAAAAACUAAAACAGAUGAGCUUUGCUCAUGUUACGGAUUCCUUGGGUCAUGGUCGUGUUCGUUUGAACGUCGGACGCGCACAUGGAGUUUGCAUUGAUGACGAAUACGCGGUGUAUCCAUUUAGCCCUGAAAUGGAUAAGGAGAACAGUGGCUCCGAAGAACCUCCAAUAAUCAAAAUCGAUACAGUGACCGCGCUCACCUCUACCGCCACAGCUAUAUCAGACAUAUCGACGAGCACGAAUAUUGAAGUAGGAUGGCAUGCGAAGCCACUUACGCAUUUCUCUAUGACCUCUGCUCUUGUGAAAGUCCCGGACGACUUCGGUAUCGAUGAGAAUCUGAGAAUUGGAAUCCACAGGACGUGGUUGCGGCUGACCUCUGGAUGUGCCAAAGAUGAAACUGCUUCAUUCAUCAUCGCAACGAAUUCCGGAAAUGAAUAUCAGGUCUUUGACGCUGCCAAUCAACCUAUCGAAAAUGUACCGACGGUACCCAGCAGUAAUGACAAAGCAAAACAUCAGGUCCUUGCGAUAGUAGAGCACCUCGCCAAAUUCAAAUUCGUUGAAGGUUUAGAGAAUAGGAAUCCUGUUCAGGGAUUUGACAAUUCAUUCACGAUAGAAUUGAGCGAAGCCGGGUCUGGAACAAUUGGAAUCACUCAGAUCAAGGAUCAAGGUACUCUCUCACUCAUCUUUAGGAACGUUGGUGACAAGGCAUUGUAUUUCUCGGUGUACAACCUCAAAGCGUCUUGGGCUAUCGAAGGACUAUUCUCUGAUGCUGGGCAAUUCCGGGUUGUGAAGCCUGGGGAAUCAUCACCUGUUCGGUUGAUGAUGUCUAUACCGGAUGAGUACAAGGCCAAAGGUCAAACCUCUAUUGAAGAUAUACUCAAGGUUUUCAUUACCGCCAAACCAACAACCUUCGAAGUGCUCGAGAUGCCGGAAAUCUCGCGCGACGAAAACAUCGCAUCGAAAACACUUCGUGGCGGCUCAGGUCGACUUUCCACAUUCUUGGCAAGCUUGGCCAUUCCGCAACGCGACGCUAGAGUGGUUAAAAAUGACGAGGCAUGGGCUACUCGGAACUUCUUGAUACGCACCACUGCGGAGUAA